UGUUUAGGUGGCCUCGGUAUUGCCCGAUCUAAAGUAAACCGCUCGCUGUUCGUCCAUUAUUUUGUGUUCAUUCAAAUCAAUAUGAAUUGCUGUAUUAAAGCAUGGUUAAUGUAUGUAAUUAAAAAAAAAGGCUAUAAUCUAAAAUUUAGUUGAUGUAUUGCUCAUGUUGUUUUAGCUUGCCUAAUAGUUCAGGCUUCUCCGUGGCCACUAUGAAUGGUCAGUUGAAAAAGUGCCACAUUGCCAUAACAUCGUUCAUCGACUCCUGCAGCAGUCACAACCUUGACAGCCUCCCCAUUGUUGCAGUUGAAAUGAUCCACAGCCUGUUUCUGAUUAACCACUCGGGAGAUAUAUUCCUGGAGAAGCACUGGAAGAGCGUCAUCGGCCGCAGUGUUUGCGACUACUUCUUCGAAGCGAAGGAGAAGGCUGCAGAGCCAGAGGAUGUCCCCCCCGUGCUUCAGACCCCGCACCACUACCUUAUCAGCAUCUACCGCGACAGGCUCUUCUUCCUGUCGGUCAUCCAGACAGAGGCCCCCCCGCUAUUCGUGAUCGAGUUCCUGCACAGAGUGGUCGAGACGUUUCAGGAUUAUUUUGGGGAAUGCUCGGAGACGGUGAUCAAGGACAACGUGGUGACGGUUUACGAGCUGUUGGAGGAGAUGCUGGACAACGGUUUCCCUCUGGCCACAGAGUCCAACAUCCUGAAGGAGAUGAUCCGGCCUCCCACCAUCCUGAGAACCAUGGUCAACACCCUCACAGGAACUAGUAAUUUUGAAGAAAGGCUACCAUCGGGUCAGUUGUCCACCAUCCCGUGGAGGCGAUCGGGUGUAAAAUACACCAAUAAUGAGGCUUAUUUCGACGUGAUAGAGGAGAUCGACGCCAUAGUGGACAAAUCAGGUACGACGGUGUGUGCUGAGAUACAGGGUGUAAUUGAAGCCUGCGUCAAGCUCACUGGGAUGCCUGAUCUGACUCUCUCUUUUAUGAACCCCCGGCUCCUGGACGACGUGAGCUUCCACCCGUGUGUGAGGUUCAAGCGCUGGGAGGCGGAGCGAGUCCUCUCCUUCAUCCCCCCCGAUGGGAACUUCACACUCAUGUCCUACCACGUCAACGCCCAGAACCUCGUGGCCAUCCCCGUGUACGUGAAGCAGAACAUCAGCUUCUUCGAGAGUGGCUCCGGGGGCCGCCUGGACCUGACGGCGGGCCCCAAGCAGACCAUGGGGAAGACGGUGGAGGGCUUGGUGAUCACCGUCCACAUGCCCAAAGCCGUGCUCAGUGCCAGCCUCACAGCCACGCAGGGCAGCUACACCUACGACCCCGCCACCAAGGUGCUGGUGUGGGACAUUGGGAGGUUGAACCCCCAGAAGCUUCCUAACCUGCGGGGCAGCCUCAGUCUGCAGGCCGGAGCCCCCAAACCAGAGGACAACCCCUCCAUCAACAUCGCCCUCAAAAUUCAACAGCUGGCCAUAUCGGGGCUAAAGGUGAACCGACUGGACAUGUAUGGAGAGAAGUACAAGCCUUUUAAAGGAGUCAAAUAUGUCACAAAAGCUGGAAAAUUCCAAGUAAGGACCUGAGCAUCAACUGGCUGAUGUGACGACAGCCAACAACCCAAUGUGCCAAAAAUGGGGAACUGAAACUUUCCCACGCUCCAAGUUUCAGUUAGUUCUAUAAGCCUUCUGUAUCUAGCUCACUGUUAUUAAUGAAAGACUUUGUGUUGUCCAAAGUUAACUUAUAUGUUCAUAGUGUUGCAGAGAAUCGAAUGAUACUUCUAACCUUUUAAAGGGAAGCCUUAAUAAUUGUGGGAAAAUACUUGUAUGCUCUUUUUUGUCUGUGCAUUAUCUUGACCAGAUAAUAGGUAUUCUGAGAGUUUUGUGACUAGUUUAUUUUUCUUCAUGUUAUAGUUUAUUUAUCCCCAUUUUAUAUGCUCUAAGGGAAAACACUAAGCUUUAACAGACUUGUGCAGCGGCCUGCCUGCGUGGCAAUUUCACACUUCAGCACAUAAAGCAUGAAAUCAGUGUCAA